GCAUUUUAAAACAACAUAAAAUCACAAAUUCUGAAAAUAUUUAAGUAGUUAAAAUAGCAAAAAAAAAUAUUCUUAAUAAUGGUUUUACUUAUCGAAUUUUCGAAAAUUUCAUCCCAUUCCACCCACUGCUCAAAACCACCCUCACUAAUACAAUCACGUAAAACAUGGAUUGUAUAAAUCUUUGCUAAACAUUUUCCCAUUUUCCAUUUUAAGAAUUCUUGAUCAGUAGACAUUGAAAUUAAUAAAACAAGAAAAUUCAUUAUUAGUGGAAAUUAUUAUCAAUAAAACAAGUUUAAAUUCAAAUUGCUAAGUAAAGUACAAUAAAGUAAUUAUAUAUUCCAUUAUGUUGUUAUCAUAAGGACAAAACGAACUGAGGAUAUUAAAAUAAAUUUGAUAACUAUGGCUUAGAAUUAAAUAAAUUAUAUUAGAAAUAAUAUAGUUUUGUUUGCCAAAUCAACUCAUUUCAUAUAUGUAUUUACCUAAUUCUUUGUAAAAAAAAUCGCAAUUAUUAAAUUAGAAAAUGUCACAUGAUAUGCUCGAUAUGACGAAUAUUUGUGAAAGUAAUAAUAAUCACGAUAAACACGAAAGUCAUCCUCUAGUUAUACAUGGAUGUGAUGAUCAAUGGACAUUUAGCAAGCGAGACCGCUCACAAGAAGUUUAUUUAAGUAACAAUAACCGAACAGCACAUUUUCAUCCUAACUGGAGUAAAGGAACUGCAGGUAUUCGAGGUACACGAAUUUUAAAUAAUGGACGAUAUUUUUGGGAAUUGAAAGUCAGUAGGCGAGUAUUUGGAACCAGUAUGAUGUUUGGAAUCGGAACCAAGGCUGCAAGAUUGCAUGUAAACUCAUUCACAAAUCUCCUUGGAGAAGAUAAAAAUGGGUAUGGAUUAUCUCAUAAAGGACUUAUAUGGAACAACGGAAUUGCAAAGCAAUUCUGUAAUCGGUUUAAAGAGAAUGAAGCUACGAAGAUUGGAAUAUUAUUUGAUGGAAUUGCUGGAACUUUAACAUACUAUAAAGACGACGUGUGUCUUGGAGUUGCAUUUCGUGGCUUAAAUGAAGUUCGUGAGCCACUUUAUCCAAUCGUUUGUUCGACUGCCGCAAAAACAGAAAUGAUUUUAUGUAAUACGAAAAGAGAUUUUGCGAAUUUACAAGAUAGAUGUCGUGCAGCUAUAAUGAAAUUAGUUAGGACCAAAGAUCGUUUGGAAAUGUUGAAGUUACCAUCAAGAAUAACAGAGUAUCUUGCUGAAUCAAUAUGCGAAACGCCUGACACUAUCCUCAAUAAUUAUCCUAACUAUUACGACUGUUAUAUGGUUUAGAGAGGAUACAUCUUUUUAGACAUUUUAAAAUUAAUGCAUAUAAAAAAUAAUUAGAGAAUUAAGGAAAAAUUUUUGUAUCUUAAAUUCGAAGAUGAGUAAGAUUCUAGUCAUUUUGUCUACUUAAAUUAAAUUGUAAGAACUAUAGAAAUAUGUUUGUUCACAAGUCAAAACAAUUUUUUUAUCCAAGCGCUUUUAGUCAAAUUUUUUUGUUUAAUUAUAUGAUUGUUAUUAAUUUAUUUCUUUUGUUUUUCUAUGCUUGGAUACUAUUCUGACAUGUUUUUAAGAGACAGAAUCAAUAACGUUAUUAUUUUAAUACGCACAAGUAUUAAUUUUCUUAAAAUUAAUAAGUUGAUGUAAAAAAUGUAAAGUCUCCAUAAUACAUUGUUUUUUUGUUGUCAUUUAUUACAGCAAUUCAUUUUUUAAUUUAUGUGUGCGUGCAAUGACUUAGUCGUAUUUAAAUUAAAUUAAAUGUUAAAAUUAUUUAUUAUAGAUUUCUUUUAAAUUUUAGAUAAUUGAUUGCAAAAUAAAAUUUUGAAAAUGAACCAUCGUUUUUUUUCAAAUCUAUAUUAUAAACACCCAA